AUGAAGGAACUCGACACACCAAAAUUAACAGACAGGCCCCAACCACACGUGUCGAAUAUCAUCGAGAAGAAACUUAAAAGGAUGAAACAACCCGAUGACACAUCAAGUUAUUUGACACUUGACCUAACUGUCUCAAUUAAUCCUUUUGCAUUUAAAAGAAAACCAAUGGUUAAAACAAAAAGAGAAAAAGUUUCGAGUAGAUACAUCUCAGUGUUUAUUGACGACUUUUAUCUAGAAACAAACCUCUUGGAUGACCUGAUUCUGAAAACAUUUGAGGUAAAAAAAAAGGAAAAAAUGAUCGAGCUUAAAUGUAGCGAGAAUUGCUUUGAAAAAAUUAAAAUCAAUGAAGCGCAAACAAAGUACUACGAACUACCAACGCAAUUUCCUUUUCUCAGAGUGGAAAAAAAGUUUUUAGAAAAAACGGGAGAGUUAUGUUUUAACAUUUACAUCGAAGAUGUCGUUAAUGAAGAACCAAUUUUGGAUUUCUGGAACACUUUGUUUUAUCUUCCUGACUUCACACUUCCACCAGACAAUUCUUUUAUUUGGAGAUAUGACAAUGAAACGAAAGAUCAUCGUUUUAACAUUUCUAUUUGCACAGACACACUUUUUAUGAAGAAAACGUUUUUUAACAAUGAAGCACAGUUUCGACCCAAAAAACAGUUUGUAGAAAUCGAAUCACCAAUUUUUCUUGAUGAAAAAUUGGUGAUGAAAGACCUUCAAGUUAACGGCGUUGUUAUAUCAAACAAAGAAAGUCGUUGGGGAGAGAUGAUCGCAAAAGAGAUGUUAAAUAUUACAAGAAUUGAAGACAACCAAAAUUUGGUCAACAGCUUUUCGGAAACAAAAGGUAUUGAAAUACCAAAAAUGGACGACUUUUCGUGUUCGGUGUUGUUCCCCUUUAUCACAAAGAAAUUUUUCAUUAACGACUACAACAUGGCCGAAUUCGAUUUGAACACAGUCCCAUUCAAGAUAAAGGUUGUCGCUAAUGCAACAUACCAAAUGACAGAAGUCGGUUUAUUUCCCGAGGUUUUCAAACAAAAAAACUCGACCCAACAAUUCAACGUCCAAACUCAAAAAAGACAAAUAAAUGAAAAAGAAGAUGACUUUUUAGUUGGAAGGAGUCAAACUGAUGGAGUUGCCAAUCUUUUGCAUUGCAACGAAAUGUACUAUGCCAACAGAGACAAGGAUUGCCAAAAACUAAGCGACAAGGAGAUUGAAGAAAUAAUGGACGAAUCCUCUCUCUUGGAAAUUCAAACAACAAACCUGCAAUUAAAAGGAAAUAAGAGCAUUUCAAAAAAGUCACAAAUACUCGAAAACCCCAAAACUUUGUUUUUGUCUUCUCCAAGUGUAAGGGUACAGAACUCAACAGCAAAACUACAAGAAACAGACAAACAAGUCAAUUCAUGUAUUCUGAAAAGCGACAAUUUGGUCCAAACACCUUCAGACAUAAGCGACAGCGAAAUAGAUGAAAUACUUGACGAAAUUCGCACUGUAAAAUCUGCUGUUUCAAAGCACCAGAAGAGCGUUAAGGUUGUUCUCCCAGUUCUUCAAGAAAACAUUCAACACGAAAGUAAAUUCAAAUGCAACAGGAGACCUGCCGUCUUCCAGCUUAAGAACCCCAAAAACGAUUUGCAAAAGGCGAUGUUUCUUGUUGGAGACGACGUGUUUGUUGUGCCGUUCGCGGACGAACUCAAAAGGCACUUUUCUUUGCGGCACACAAAAACUAAAUUUAAACCAAGGAUCAAUUACAAUAUCAGCAAAAAAAGUUGUGCAGAGAGUUGCAAAAGUAACACCUUUUCAGCAGAAAUAAAUCCUGUUGCUUUAAAUGUGGCGGAAAUAAACAGUGGAGAUAAAAAACGAAUGGAAGAAGAAAAGUCGCCAACACACUCAAAAGCUUCUUCAUUCAUGACAGUCAAACUUGACAGAGAGAUACGGAACAAAAUAAACGUCUCUUUGUUUGACAGAGUGAAUCAGUUUUUUGCUGUAACAACACCACCUGAUGUUACAAACGGAUUCGAAACCCGUCGCAAGAACAGCGCAGUGGAGAUCGCCGAGUUUGACAAUAAAAAUGACUGGAAAAUCAAAACCCCAAUUUCCGUCCCACAAAGUGUUGUCGUGGUUCUUCCAAAAAUAUUUCACGCUUUUCAAUCAAAUGUCAUUUACAACGACUUUGUAAAUUAUGUAGACAAAAUGGAGCGAAUGCAGUCAGUUUUAACGUUCCCCUCUGCACUUUGCUCGGCGAUUGCAACAAAAAUGUUUUCACUUCUUCGAAGUAAACCAAAUGCGAAGUUUGGAAUUAUCGCCGAAACGGGGAACUUCGAGUUGAUUAAAAAAAUACUUCAACACUACUUUGAAAAUCUUGUGUACUGCACUUUUGAAUCUUUUAAUGGAAACGAAAAAGAACACCACGAAGACUCCAAAACGACGAAGGUUGAGAACAAAGAAAACUUUUUUCCUCGAAAAACGGUCACGUUUAUCUCAGACAACAAUGUUCCAUCUUUUGUUCGCGCCAUUACAUUCGAUCUGUUAUUUUUGAUUGAUUUCACGCUUCCAAAAGAGCAAGAAGAACGUGGCGCAACUAAAACAACCAGUUUAGUCUUUGUAGAUACACUCUUCAACAAUAAAAGUGCUGUUACAAAAAAUGGGCUUUUGUUCCGUGGGUUUUCUCCUUUGAAUUACAGUGUGCUGACAACAACACCAUCACCAGCCAAAUUCACUUUGCUGAGGUUGUUGAUUGAACGUUGUGGUGGGAUGAGAAGGUUUGUUGAAAAAGAUUGUGUGUGGAAGUCUAUCGCGAAACAGCUUCUGUUGACAGAAUCGAUGAAGUCAGUGUUUGUUCUCCUUCCAAAAGAUGACAAGAGUUUUGAAAAUGUUAUUACGUCAUACGAAAAUAACAUUGUGAAUGAAGAUGAAGUUUUGACAAAAGUUACCGAAUGGAGGACAACGCGGCUGACAAAUCUUGUUGCAGUUGUUUCUUUCAAUCCAAAUUAUGUUGGAGAUGACAUUGGAAAAAUCAACUUUUCGAGUAUAAAAGAGCUUCUUGUUGUUUUUCCACAGAGCUUGCAAACAAUUUCAUUAUUUGGGGAAAUCUGUGAGACACACAAAAUCAAAUUGACACUUUUGUGGAGCGGACUGCAAACUCUCCCGGCUUUAGGGUGUUGUGCCUUGACAACUGGAGUGGCGAGAAAACAUCCGCUCGACGUCAAUUUUCUCAUUCGCAGCUUUGAGGAAUUUAAAAACCAGAAAUUUGUGCAUUACAUUCCACCAAUCCAAAAAAGCGAGAAGUUUGAAAUGGAGUGCGUAAUAUCACAGACUCUUUAUGACAUGUUUUCUGAAGAGCGGACACUUGACGAUAAAUGCACAUUUGUCACAAGGAGAAUUCCGUAUCACGCGAUUUUUGGAAAUAUUAUUUAUGGUGUUGUCGUUGUAGACCUCAAAGACAAAAGGUGGAAGGAGCAAAUAGAAAAACUGGACGCUUUAUGUGCAUGCAACCGCAUUGCAAUUGUCGUAAAAAUUGAUGUUGUCAACACAUUUGUGGAAUUUAACAACAUCAUUUUACUCAGAAACUUCAGUGCACCAAUUUACUUCGCUGAGAGUACGGAGAAUAUUUUCGAGAUCUUGAGAAAUGUGUGUGGAAAGCAAGAGGGUAAAUUUGAAUGGCUGAUGGAAAAGGAAAGUUUCUUUGAAAACAUUCUUUCGAGCAUUUCAGGUGUGCAGCCAUUCAUGGCACAGUUUUUAUCUGCUUUUACCAUGACGGACCUUGUCAGCAAACCAGAAAUGUACGAGGGGUUAUUGCCAAGCACCAUCUCGCAACACAUCAACAACGUGUUACAUAUGAAAUUUUGA